AUGGCAGCGGGAGAAAGCCAUGUCGAAGUUGCACGGAAGCGAUUUCAAAACAGCUACAUGUUUCUUUGCGGGCAUUGGUUAAAGAGAGUGCUGGAACACGUUAUUUAAACCUGGUUAAGUGCACAGUAUCGGAGAACAUGGGGAAGAAGAAAUCUGCAUCUGCGGAGGACAAGAUGACUUUAGCGGAAGCCUUUAUAACCUUUCAAAUCCAAGUAAAAAGAAAGGAAAUAGAGGAGUUCCAAUCUGAAGUGAGUCAACUGGAGGAAAAGAACCAAAGAUACAAAAAACGAAAGGAGCAGCUGAAGGAAGAGCAGAUGGGGCACAUCCGAACUCUCCUGAAGCAGGCUAAGGAGCAGGAGCGUGAUCUGGAGCAGAGAGUGGUGGUGAACAGGGAACAGGUAGACCAGGCACUCCAUAAAUACUGGGAGCUGGCCAGGAGCAAGGACAGUGAACUGGAAGAGCUACGGGAUGAACUCAACACUCUGCAACAGAAAGUCCUGGUUGUGAUGAGCGAGAAGCAGUGCUGGCUGGAGUACAAGACAGUGGGAAGCCAGGAGCACAGCCUUCAGAUCCAACUGCUAGAGGCAGAACUCACACAAAUGCAGAAAGACUUCCAGGAGAUGGCAGAUCAUAUCCAACGAUCCUUUGAUGUGACCAUUAAUGAAAUUGAUAAGAAAACAGAGAAGCUAAUUAAUGAGAAGAAACAUCUAGCUUCAGAGAAGGCCAUAAAACAUCUUGACAAAUACACCCGGCAGGAAAUCAAAGAGAAUGAAUGGUUGAAAAGAGAGAUUGCAAUAUACAAACAAGAAGUUGCUUUAUUGGAGGUCUCUGUUCAGAAACAUGAGGAGGAAAAUUUGGAACAGAUGAACAUGCUGUUUCAACACAGACUGGAUGACCUCAACAUUUCUCGACAGGUGUUUCUCACUCAGGUGGCUGGCCUAGGUCUUGCUGACUCUGGGAUGCUUGGCGAAGACUUCAAAAUAAAUAAUCUCUCUGAUCAAACAGAUGCGUCUUCCAGACCUAUAAAUUCCCUCCUGGCAACAGCGGAAGGAGAGAAGGGUCCUGGCUUGCCCGGAGAGCUGGAAAGGGAUGAAACAGUCACCAGCUGCAGCAAGCCAGCUGGCUCGCCAACUGGAUCCCCCUCUCAGGAUCUCAGAGCCUUACUGUACGGGAGCCAGGUGAAUUUUCAAGAGUCCAUGCAGCUAGGUCCCCUGGAGUUGAAGCUGCUGAGUGUAGUGGGCCAGGCUGUGCCCAUUCUUCCUGCCCCUUCCUCCACAAGUCAAGAUUGCAACACAGAGGCUUCACAGCAGCAGGUAGAUGAGUGGCCUGUAACCCCUAAGAUGAUUCAUGCAAAAUUCAAAGACCUUGCCCAUGUUUAACUGCUCCCUUUUAGAAAUAUCCACAAUAAACAUCCAUACAAGA